CCUUCCACCUUGUUCCUCCUCUCCCUCUGUUCAGCCUUCUGUCUUCUUUCUAAGUCUGAAUUGAAAUUAGGGUUAGGGUUUCGCUGCAGCUGCAUCUUUUAUCUUGAGAGCGAAGGCAUUUUGGAGAUUUCGGAUCAAAGGCAAUAGAUUGUUUGUUCGGAGAAAAAGAUGGAGGUAUUUGGAAAAUCCCCUGUGGUUGGCUCUGCGAACGUUAUUUACUUGUCUGCCAUUCUGGGUCGUGAUGGGCCCAUUCUGGCUCACAAAUGUGACUGGAAGUGUGAGAAUGAAAAUGUUUGUGGGAAUAUGUAUCGCUGCAAACUAACAGGGUUGACUCAUGUCUGCGACAAGAACUGUAACCAGCGGAUUUUGUAUGAUAACAAUAGCUCAUUGUGCCGAGCCAGCGGCCGGAUAUUUCCUCUCUCGUCUGCUGAAGAACAGGCGGUUAAAGGGAUCCGGAGGAAACUUGAUGCCGAAACUCAGCCCUCUGAGAGCUGCACGUUUAAGCGUCGUCGACGUGAUGCGCAGUUCCAUUCUUCUCCUUUUGAGAGGUCCUUCUCUGCGGUCACUCCAAUCUGCAGCCAAGUUGGAGAUGGAAUGGAUACGAGCUAAAUUUAUGUUGACUUCCUCUACAUUAGAUCAGCGAGGCUUUUCUUUAUAUCACGCAAAAUAACUUCCUCUCUUUCUUAAGAGACGUUAUGUGACUUCUCCUCUAACAGGGGGUCUGGUAUCCUGUCUGCCUGAAGGAGUGUCUUAUGCUAAUGUUGUCAAACUCUAUGUAGUAGUUAUGUAGGAGGGACAUGGUAUCUUUAUUGCUCUGCUGGUUAAUAGAAUAACAUGUUAUAUCUUAUUAUGUUU